AUGCAAGAGACCAACUCAAAAAGAAAUUACAACCUUGCAAAGAGAGUGAAGAAGAACCUGGAUAUUGAAAAUAGACACAUUCAACUUUGGAUGCAACAAGAGAAUAUGUGUAGGAAGACAAUUGCCCACGAUUAUGGCCUCCCCAAUACAACAAGAUUCUUUCUCAUAAAUAAGAAAACCAAGCAAGAGCAUCUUUCUGCACCAUUGAAGUUGUUCAACCAUGGAAUUGUGCUAUAUGAGCUGUUUGGCUCUUCUAUAACCACAUUUGACCAGAAUGGUAUAUCAAGAGGCCAUGUAAAGAAUAACGGGGAUACUCGAGGCUUCAAGAAGUCUGGCAAGAUGAUGGCACUGGGAUGGUGUUAUGUCACGGGUGUAGCUGCCGAUGUUGAGAAAGACGUCUCAAAAGUUCAAGUUUGGGCUUCCAGCAUUGCCAUUACGCGGGACAACUUCCACAACAAACCCAAGUGCAACAGAGACGCCACACCCUACUCAUUUGGCAUGUUUUGCCGAGUCAACAUAACCACUGGUUCUUUGCAUGAUGUAAUCAAGAGCCCCCGUGAUUGUCAAAUAGAAGGUGCCAUAUUUUGUUUGUCUGAUUACUCUGUUGGAGUUAAGUUUGAUGACUGCAAUGGUGUUACAGAGAUGGUCUGGAACACUCAGGUCAAACAUUUCACACUCAAGUCCACCACCAAAACCAAAGAGGGCAUGGACAUCAUACCAUCAAGAGCCCCUGUUACCCGCUUUGGCUCUUGCUGCCAAAUAUGUUCCAGGUUAGUGAGAAUGGGGAAGGCUUUGAAGCUGAAAAAAGAGUGUACAUCCAGUGCAGAAUGGGAAGCAUAUAGUAAGGAGCAUAUUGGGGGAGACCACACACAGGUGAACAUCAAAAUGGACACGCUGUGA